AUGCCCAUGCCCACCGACGUCCGCAAGCGCAACUUCUUUGGCGUCGGCGAGAUUAUCGGUGUCCUCGCGAAUCCAUCAGAGACGCUCCGGUCGUUGACAGAGUCGAAGAAGAUGCUCGAGGACACAAGGAGGGAGUUGGCGGAAGCACGAGAGCGGGCCCAGUUGACCCCGACGCACACGUUCUCCGCCCUCCCUGGGUUCUUCGACCGCCCUGCCGAGCUGAAAGCGAUCACUCGUGCGCUGGAGGGCGAGCCGAGCUUCACAGUACUCUUCGGUGCGAGUAGUGUUGGCAAGACUGCACUCCUUCGUCAAGUGCUCACGCGGUCCACAUAUCACGUAUUGCACUUCGAUCUCCGUAUCGCCGGCUUCGCAGACCUGGCUAGCCUGUAUAUGAGCCUGAGCCAACAGAUGGAAGGAUUCUUCAUGUGUAUCGCCCAAGACCCAGACAUGCCCGGCUAUGAAGUGUUCGAGAAGGAAGCUUGGGCAUUCAAGCACGAUCGACUGAACGUCGAACGUCGUCUGUCAGGUGCGCAAGCGAGCGACGCAGCGUCUUCCCCAUUGGGCGAUAUCAAGACGAGCGACGUCGCGCGCUUGAUGGAGUUAUUCCAGAGCUCGCUUCUACGCUACUGGAACUUCCAGCCAUCGCCCGAGUCUUAUGCGGAGAAGCCUGCCUCGAAGGACACUCAAUCCACUUCUUCUGGCAGCCAGCAGAAGAACAAGGAGCGUCCGUCCUGGCGCGUACGCAUGUUCUCGCGGAAAAAGCAGCCGUCCACCCCGCACCAGAACGGCGAUGCCCGUCCAGGAGCGGACGAUCGCGGAAAAACGAAGGAGACGGAGAAGGAGAAGAAGCCAGAGCCCCCUACGAAGAAGAUCCCGGUAUUCUUCAUUGACGAGGGGCACAAACUACCGGCGCUGAUCCGCUCCAUUGAGGCGAUGAAGUGCAUCCUGGACGCAAUGCUGGUGCUCACGAAGCAGGAUAGGCUGUGUCAUGUCAUACAUGCGACGAGCGAUCCGUUUUACCAGACGUGGCUGCGGCAGCUCAACGUCAUGCAGCAUUGCAAGAUCAUCACAAUCGGAGACUAUCCAAAGAACGAGACCCGGAAGUUCUUCCGUGAACGCGUUCUUCCGAGUGUACCCGAGCAUCUGCGAGGCAAGCUGGACUUUGAGACACUAUACGACGCCUUCGGUGGGAAGCUCGUGCAUUGGCAGGACUUCAUCUCUGAGUUCGUAAACACCAACGGCAAGUUUGACAUCAAACAAUCCACCCACUUCAUCCAAGCCCACGCGCUGCUGAACCUGCACAUCAUCCACUCGGCACAGGCGUCCAGCAACGGCCAAGCUCCCGACGCCUCGAACGCGCCCAACAGCCCGGAGAGCCGACACGCCUCCACGCACGCCGUCCACCGUCUCUCGCCACCUACCUCCGCCGCUGCAGGCGCAGGCUUCCGCAUAUACAGCCCGCUCACAGCGAACCCGCACCAGUCGCCGCCCGCCGUGUUCGCAUCGAGCAACGCCGGCAGCGCUGACGAAGCGCCCGAAUUCCAAGCGGAUUUCACCGCGUACCAGCUGCUGAAGGUCAUGAACCGCCUUGCUCAGCCAGGCGCGCGCUCGCUGCCAUACUUCCUGCUCUGCCGCGAGCUCGGCGCGCGUGCAGUCGACGGCAUGGUCAAGGGCCGCAUCCUCGACCUGCGCUGGACGGAGCCCGUGUCGCGCGAGCUCGGGGACCCGCUGCGGCAGAGCAUGCGCGUGCGCGAGAGCAUGCGUGCGCAGCUCGGCGGGGACGCCGGUCCGGGCGCGGGGAGCAGCGGGACGGCCGUGAACGAGCCCGGGCUUGGGGAGGGCGGGUCGGAGGAGGACGUGAUGGUGCCGAUGUCGGACGAGGAGGUGCUGCGCGCGCACGAGCGGCUGCUGGACGGGCCGCCGCUGGGCGGGGACGAGGAGGAGGAGGUGCUGGGCCCGAAGCUGGUGCCGAUCUCGCCGAUCAUGCGCUAUGCGAUGCGCGAGGUCGUGCAGGAGUACUAUGAUGAUGACGACGACCGGUCUGCCUCCGAGUACGCGUCGCUCUCGGACGUGCAGGAGUACUAGGCUCGGGGCGGGGUUCGUGGAGGACACUUCUCUGGUAUGGGUACGUCGUGUGGUGGACCAGUGGCAUAAGGUAUGUUCUUGUGUUACAGCUGGAGGUUUGUGUAAUAUGCUGGACACAUAUUUGUAGGUAGUUUUUGUUGUAGCGUAAUAUUCUAUAUUCGUUUGCGC